UUCAAGGCAUAUUUUACUUUGCAAUUGCAGUUGCUGCUGCCUCCCAGACGAUGUUGAUUAUGAUUACAAAAGCCCAAAAGCAAAAUUAAUUUGUUGGAUUCUCUGAUUUUUCCAUUUUUAAUAUACAAUCUGCCAUUUGCAAACAUAAACGUUGCUGCAACACUCAGAUUUUUCUUUUAGGCAGAAGAAUCAUAAAAGUUAUUUAACACUAAUUAAGCUCUCUCUCUCGAUUGAUUUGGGGCCUCUAGCUUAACUUUACUUUCUAAUUCACUCUCAAUCUCUCUGUGUUUGUGCAUUUUCUCUCUUCUUGUUGGCUUAUUUGCUCUUAAUCCUUGCACUGUUUUGAUGGCCUUGGCCUGGCUUCCUGCAAGUAACGUGGCAUUCUAAUCUUUCUCUUCUACCUUUUUGGCUUUUUAGGGGGGAAAUAGAGAGAUUUUGAGACCUAGGUAAAGUUUUUUUCUAUGGGGGUUGUGGAUCUCUUCAUUGCCUCACUAAUGCCUGUUUUGAAAGUACUGCUGAUUACUGCUCUUGGCUCAUUUCUCGCAAUUGAUCGUUUCGAUAUUUUGGGAGUUGAUGCACGAAAGCAUUUGAAUAAUGUUGUGUUUUUUGUCUUCAAUCCGGCCCUUGUUGGUAGCAAUCUGGCAAAAUAUAUUACACUCAGAAGCAUGGGCAUAUUGUGGUUCAUGCCAUUCAAUAUUCUUCUCACAUUUAUCAUUGGCUCCGUACUUGGAUGGCUACUUAUUAAAAGUACCAAAGCUCCUAACGGUCUGAGGGGGCUUGUGUUAGGAUGCUGUUCUGCAGGAAAUCUGGGGAACAUGCCUCUGAUAUUCAUUCCUGCUGUAUGUAAAGAAAGAGGUGGUCCAUUUGGUGAUGUUGAUGUCUGUUAUACACAUGGAUUGGCAUAUGUUUCCCUCUCCAUGGCAAUUGGUGCUAUCUACAUGUGGUCUUAUGUGUAUAACAUCAUGCGCAUAUAUUCAAGCAAGGACUGUGAAGUGCCCAAAGUGGAGGCCUUUGCUAAAGUUGCAAAGUCUCCUAGAGAAACACCUGAAAAUCUUUCAAAAGUUUCCACAGGGCCCCUGCUUCCUUUACAAGGCCACUCACCAAAUGAGGACCAUAUAGAUCACUUUGAACUUGAUUGCGCAAUGUCUAAGCGGAAGGCAGAGGGAUCAUUUUUGGAAAGGAUUAAGCAGAGCUUACAGGUUUUUACAAAAAUCAACUUUAGAAGAUUGCUUGCACCUUCAACAUCUGGAGCGCUGGUUGGAUUUGUUGUUGGUGUCAUACCUCAGUUCCGAAAAGCUCUAAUUGGUGAUAAUGCACCUCUUCAUGUGGUUCAGGAUUCUGCAUCUUUGCUUGGAGAGGCUGCCAUUCCAACUGUAACCUUGGUAGUGGGGGCAAAUCUUCUUAAAGGUCUAAAAGGCUCUGAGGUCCAGCGCUCAGUCAUCAUAGGGAUCAUAGUGGUUCGGUAUAUUUUAUUACCAAUAUUUGGGGUAGUGAUUGUUAAGUCUGCAGUGCGCUUGGGAUUGGUGCAGUCAAAUCCACUGUAUCAAUUUGUUCUUUUGCUUCAAUAUGCACUUCCUCCAGCAAUGAACAUAGGUACGAUGACCCAGUUGUUUGGAACUGGAGAGAGUGAAUGCUCAGUGAUUCUGCUAUGGACUUAUGCAUUGGCCUCAAUUUCACUAACGCUCUGGUCAACAUUGUUUAUGUGGCUUGUGGGGUAGAAUAUUGACAAUCUGGAGCUGCAUUGUUAUAUCCCUAUCUUCAAGUUGUUUGAUGUCAAUUGCAGCUUUUGGUUAGGCAUAAGAAAUUUCCAUGUGUUCCAUCUUCUAGAAUUUAAUAUAAAUAUAAAUAUGUAUGUAUUCCUUUUGCCAAAUUUACCAGAAAUGUCCAAGCAAUUUAUAUAAAUGCAAAUGGCACUGGCAUGCAUGUACAGUGUGGGGCA